AUUCCAUCUACUCAGGCGCCCAUAGUUAUGGUGCAGCCCUCGUCCGGAAUACUCAUCCAGACCACCGAUCAAAUGUCCUCCUUUCAAACUGGCUCUAGCAGCGCGCCACCUUCUUCGCACGCCGAUGAUGCGCCACCAGCCUGGUCCCCUCUCGCUCCAGCACUCCGGCAGCGUCUCGGUGCUUCGUCCAUGCACUUUGCCGGACCCACCUUCACUGCCCAGCCAGCCACAAAUCCUCCACAGCAUGCACCAGUCACGGCCGGAUCAGGUUCUACGCAAGUCACAGGGUCGUCUGCUU